CACGAGGUGUGUGUGUGUGAGAAAGAGUGCGUGACCGUCAAAACUUUAAUUACCGCGAUGAUCUGACGCUUCGCUUUCACCAAAACACGCCGAAGUAAGAGGAGGAGGCGGAGAGUGGCGCGUUUACGAGCUGGAUUCACCGCGGAAAUCAGCGAAUCUGAGCGAUAACCGACAACUAACUUGGUCACAAGUGAGCCCGGACACAUCCUCAAACAUCGCUGCCAGGUUAUUUACAUGAAUUCAAAAUCAACUGACCAGUGAUUGCUGGAAGCUGGGGAUUGAGUCUUUCAGUUUUUAAUCCCACACGCUGACAUGGAGGGCUUUCUACGUAGCAGCUUUUUACUGAGCAGAGUCAUGUCUUCUAAGCAAGCCACAUCUCCUUUUGCCUCCGUGGUCGAUGGGGAUGACGCCAUGAAUCAAGAACACUUGUCUUGGGAGAAAGAGGAGAGUGCCGAGGCCCACGGUACGCCACAGCUGCCCCUGCACAGUCUGCUCCAUGGGAAAGCCCAUCCUGAUGAAGUGCAGCAGCUCAGCAGCAUACCGCCAGAGAGCGACUGGGACACCCUGGUGUCAGCCCAGCAGCGCAUGGAAUCUGACAGCAAUAAAGUAUGUUCUCUGUACUCCUUCCGGAACAAUUCUACUUCCCCACAUAAGCCCGAGGAGGGGGCCCGGGAGCGAAGUGACCUGCUGAGCGGAUCAGCGUUUGGAACUCCGGAGCGCCGCAAAGGAAGCCUGGCAGAUGUAGUGGACACGCUGAAGCAGAAGAAGCUGGAGGAGAUGACAAAGACAGAGCAAGACGAAUCUUCAUGCAUGGAGACACUCCUUUCUAAAGAAUGGAAAGAGAAGAUGGAGAGGCUCAACACCAGUGAACUUUUAGCAGAUGUAAAAGGUACUCCAGAGAGCCUGGCAGAGAAGGAACACCAGCUCUCCACAAUGAUCACCCAGCUCAUCAGCCUGCGUGAGCAGCUCCUGGCUGCCCACGACGAACAGAAGAAGCUUGCCGCCUCACAGAUGGAGAAACAGAGGCAGCAAAUGGAGUUAGCUCGUCAGCAGCAGGAGCAGAUUGCAAGACAACAGCAGCAGCUUCUGCAGCAGCAGCACAAAAUCAACCUCCUCCAGCAGCAGAUCCAGGUCCAGGGUCACAUGCCUCCGCUCAUGAUCCCCAUUUUUCCACACGACCAACGCACUCUGGCAGCAGCCGCCGCCGCCCAGCAAGGCUUUCUCUUCCCCCCGGGAUUGUCUUACAAGCCAGGUGAUAACUACCCGGUGCAGUUCAUUCCAUCCACAAUGGCAGCUGCAGCAGCGUCAGGACUCAGCCCCCUCCAGCUUCAGCAACUGUAUGCGGCCCAGCUUGCCAGCAUGCAGGUCUCUCCUGGAGCCAAGAUGCCUCCGCUCCCCCAGCCCCUCAAUGCGAGUGGGCCCAUUUCUCCCUCCUCUCUGAAGAAUGACAAGAGUUCCUCCAGCCCCAUCACUCAAGUCAAGGAGGAAGGAACACAGCCGCUCAACUUGUCUGCUCGGCCAAAGACGACAGAACUGGUGAAAUCCCCCUCAUCCCCGACACAAAACCUGUUCUCUGGCAGCAAAAACAGCGCCAACAGUUUCAUGGGCAAGGGAGGCAUCACCAACCCACUCGGCGGAGGCCUGGGACGGGGCUCAUCUCUGGAUAUUCUGUCCAGCCUAAACUCUACUGCGCUGUUCGGGGACCAGGACACGGUGAUGAAGGCCAUCCAGGAGGCUCGGAAAAUGAGGGAGCAGAUCCAGAGGGAACAGCUGCAACAUCACCAGCAGGGCAUGGAGGCGAAGCUGUCCGCCCUCAGUUCAGUGGGCCUCAACAACUGCAGAGUCGACAAGGAGAGGGCACAUUUUGACAGCAUUGGCCACCACCUCGGGAAGCUGGGUGAGGAUGGGAAGAUCGGCCACAGAGUUAUUGACCUCACCAGGCCAGAGGACCUAGAUGGAGGCGCUGGAUCCACCGAGGCACGAGUCUUUAGGGAAUCUCGAGGAAGGAACAGCAACGAACCUCACAUCAAAAGGCCGAUGAACGCGUUCAUGGUGUGGGCCAAGGAUGAGCGGCGCAAGAUCCUCCAGGCCUUCCCCGACAUGCACAACUCCAACAUUAGCAAAAUCUUGGGUUCUAGGUGGAAGUCCAUGACUAACCAGGACAAGCAGCCAUACUACGAGGAGCAGGCCCGUCUGAGUAAGCUCCACCUAGAGAAGUACCCAAACUACAAGUACAAGCCGCGGCCUAAGAGAACCUGCAUUAUUGACGGAAAAAAACUCCGCAUUGGCGAGUACAAGCAGAUGAUGCGGUCAAGGCGACAAGAAAUGAGGCAGUUCUUCACUGUGGGACAGCCACCUCAGCUUCCCAUCACAACCAGCGCCAGUAUGGUCUAUCCCGGGGCCAUCACCAUGGCAACCACCACGCCCUCACCUCAGAUGACAUCGGAGUGCUCUAGUGCCUCGGCGAGUCCCGAGCCGACCAUUCCUGUCAUCCAGACCACCUACAACAUGAAGCUAGAGCCCAACACCAUGGCGAACAACAGCGCGCCAGUCAAUGGCGAGGACGAGAUGGACAUGUACGAGGAUUUCGAGGAUGAGCCCAAAUCAGACUAUAGCAGUGAAAAUGACACUCAAGAGCCAGUCAACGCCAACUGAGACCUCUUUGAUGGAGGAGGCCAAUGCAGACACAACACUUACACAGGAGGACGCCCAUAGGGCUGGUCUGAUCUGAGGGAGGGAAAGAGCAUAAGGAAAAAAAAACAAAAAAAAAACACCACACAAGGAUGUUUAAAAAAAAAAAAUAAUGAUGUAUCAUUUAGGAGCCAGCAUGCAGAUGUGGCUUCAUCAGAAUCAAAAGCUAUUUGGUCUUAAGUGUUUCUUCAUGUGUGUGAAGCAGUUUGGUUGUGGUAGAUUUUUUUUUCUGUCAUUGUUUAUGUUUUCAUUGUGAUCAUAGACAUUUACACAAUUAGGUUAAUGCCUAGAACAAAAUACAGAACUUGAAAUUGAACAUUUGAUAUUUGACAUAUAUACAUCAAAUAUCAAUAUUUGGUGUAAGAUUUGAACUCUUAACAGUCACUUACCUUGUUUGUCUCUUCAAUUAGAUGAUUUUGAUAUAUGAUGUAACUGUUCAAAAUGGGAAUAAUAUACUCACUCAGGUAUAGUGUGCCAGCCAACAGCUUGUGAAUGUUUUAAAUCAAGAGUAAAAUAUUACCAGUACAAAAUAUCUCAAAAUUCAUAUCGGAUGAUGCCAAUUUAUUACAGAGGGAAAUUAUUAAUAUUAUUAUUAUUAUUAUUAUUAAUGUUUUCAUUGAUUGUUAUUACACAAAAUUUAGUGCUGAGGUGCCAAACAUUUCAAGUUGUUUCUAAAAUCGGUAAAGUCUUUUGAGGGUCUUAGACAAUCUCUUGAUCUCUUAAUGCAGCUUAAUUAUCCAGUCUUUCUUUAAUUUACCCAAACAGAACAAACAAAUCAAACUCAGGAACUUGGAAGCAAAAGGCUGGGAGGUUACAAUAUGUGACAUCUCUGGUUGGUAGCUUGUGACGCUAGCUGUCCUCCAGGGAGCCCAAUGCAGUGAUCAUCAAUGAAACCGGCCAGCCCUUUCAUUUCCUCAUCCCAGUCCACACACAGAGAGCACUGUGGCAUCCUUCACUCAUUUCCAGCUCUGCAGCCCAGUCUGACUUACCAAGUUCUUAAUCAGAGCGAUUGUAAUCAGGCCAGGAUGCUAAAGGGCCAAAGGCCUCCAAUCUGUGGGAUUGGAACAGCAGUGAAAGGCAGCUUUGGGGGCAUUACAAUCUCAAAUUGAUGUUGUACAAUGUGUAGCUACAGUAUGUUCUGAUAAACGCUUUAGCCCCAUUUGGACAGCAAGUUUAAAGUCUUAGGUCUGAGAACUUCUUUUUUUUUUUCCAAUCUUAAUUCUUUUUAGACAUUGUAAAUCUUAAACUGACACUAAGAAGUCUUAAAGUAGAGCACAGUCAUUAGGUUGAUGCAAUAAGUUGAUUACUGAAGCAGUCUUAAAAGAAGUGACAGUUUAUGAGGAUCACCCUAAAAUCAUGUUUCCUAAAUUGCCUUGUCACGCGACAGGUAACUUAGCAAAUGCACUUAAAAUUAAUUCUCACUCUGUCACCUUUGAGCCUUAUUUUUUCAUUUCUAAUAAACUCAUCAGCUUUUGUAAUGCACUUAUCGUGACAUGCAACGACUCAGAAACAACAAGAACAAAGUCUCUCCUAAUUUCAGCAAAAAGCUGACAAGCGGUGACCUUCUGGAGCCUGCAGUUAGAUAAAGCUCCUCUAGCGGUCAGGGCCUUGAUGUUGCGACUCAGAUCCUCUUUACGGGGCAUAAGGUCUAAGUGGCUCCCCUCCCUGCCAUGCCCUGCUCUGACCCCUGCCUGUGGCAACCUCAGCACCCAGGGGGCGCCAUCUGGCUCAGAGAAGAAGAAAACACCAGGGAGGGAUGGGAAACAAUAAAAAUGGGGUGUGUGUCACUCAUUGUGCUCUCCAUCAAAGUGCUGGAAGUAAGGCUUCAACAGGGAUCCCACCCCGGUCCAAUCACCAGGCACUGGCGAGCAGAUGGAACAAGUACAUCAAGCUGUGGGGGAUUAUUAAAAUGACUGACGACUGGGUAUCAUCUGAAAUACAACAUUAUUAAUGCAUGAGUCCAGCUAUUCCCCUCCCUUGCCCUUGAACCCGUCAAUUUGAGCAGGAACGCAGAGCUUUUUGAAGGAUCUGAAUGGCUGGUCAGUGUAUUUAACUAGUUGAGAUCCCCACUGCUGGUCACUGCAUUUUUCUCCUAUAGCUAUAAUUGGUACAGAUGGUUCUUUAUAUCACUUUAGCACUGUUAUCUUCUGUACUCUCAUCGUCAAAACCCGUUCAGAGCUGGCUUGCAUUGUUCCUACUUUUUGGAAGCAUUUAUAUUAAGGCUUGUAGGUUUUUGUUUUUUGAACACCUCAACAAUUAACAAUUCCAUUUUUUUUUUCACAUCCCAUCUUUUCUACAUUGUUCUCAUUUUGAGGUACAAAACAUUUGAAGAACGCUCUCCUACAAACAAACAAACCCAAGUGGAUUUCCCUCCAAGUCAACCUGUUUAGUAUUUUCAAGCUGUUUGCUCCUGUUUGCUGUUGGUUAGAUUGAUUUGUAUGUGAUUGUAAAUAUUUUAAUGACCAUGCCACAUUGCUUUAGUUGGCUGAUAGUUAUCAAGGACUCUUCACGGAACUGAAACUUGACUGUGCUUAUACGGCAAAAAAAAAGACAAAAAAAUGAAAGAAAAAAAUGACAACAAGAACUCACAUGGAGACAAUGUUUCAUAAGUGUUAUAAGCACUGGAUAGAAAUUGUAUUUUUAUCAAUUCUGAUUAAUGUGAAGCUGUUUGAGGAAAAAAAAAACACCAAGAAUGAACAAAAUCCCCCAGUUUGACUCAAGUGGGUUUGCUCUCACAGUUGCCAUAUUUGAGUCUUUUUUUUUCGUACAUAUUUUGUUUAUUUAUGCAAAGACACGUAUGAUGAAUGAACACUUUCUCUAAGCUUCAUGGCUGCCAAGGGGAGACACUCAGCACAAGGAAGCGAGCAGAAAAUUCAACAGCAGGCUCGGUCAGCCGCGAAACACCAGACUUCAGUGCAUCGUAUAUUGUAUUUGAAACUGUAGAGCAUCAACAUAUUGUAUUUAUUAUUAGCCGCUGCUGGCUCUAAAAUUGUCAGUUAAACAAGAACAACACGGACAAUCAUAGUCA